AUGGUUAGACCACCCUAUACUUUGGUUUAUAUACAGGUGAAAUUCAUGUUGAUACAUGGGGAUCUGGAAAACGGUGAGAGUUACAGAAAUAAGAUUAUAUCCCUGAUGUGCUCGAAGGAACAAGUAUGUGCACAAGAGUCUCAUUACCGUGCUGAAUCGGAAGAUAAUAAUAUUAACAAGAAUCCCAUUAUUCCAAUCAUAAAAAGCAACUUUGAACAGUAUUACGAUGGAUACAAAUAUAGUUAUGAAACUGGCAACGGUAUCCAGGCAUAUGAAACAGGUAUUAUCAAACACAAAGGAGAUGAAAAACAUGAAACUCUCGUACAACAAGGCUCUGUCACAUACCACGAUGAACAUGGAAAACCCAUAACGCUUACAUACAUUGCUGACGAACAUGGGUUCCAACCACAAGGAGAUCAUUUGCCUACAUCUCCAACAAUUCCUGAAUCAAUACAAAAGGCACUGGUCGAGCAAAAUCAUAAUAGUCGUGCCGAAGUGAAUGGAGAACAACGAAAUAAUCAGGAACAAGAACCAGGUUCCUAUCGACAUGAACCAAAAUAUUAUAAUUAUUGA